AUAUAUAUAAUAAAAAUCAUCCGCGCUCAUUUAUCAACUGUCGAAAGUAUAGAGUCUAGUAUUUGCAAACGUCAACAAAAAUGGCGCUGGUCUAUACGAGACUUCUUUGUCGGCGUAAUGUCAAUUUUCGACAUUUUCGAAGCAUAUACACAUGUUGCCCCCUCAGCUCCGCGGUUUCAAAACCAUUACUUUCAAGUGCAACAUAUGAAUCCCACGAUGAGAAGAACAUGCGUUUGAAGAGACCAUUAUCACCGCACUUAACCAUCUAUCAAGUUCAAUUAACAACGUUGCUCUCAAUAACACAUCGCACCACUGGCAUUAUACUCUCCAGUUAUGCAAUGUUUCUUGGCUUAGGCACAUUGCUUAUACCAGGUGGUAUUCCAUGCUUCAUAGAAACAAUGGAUAAUUUAUGUUUACCUUUACCUAUAUUGUUCGUCGGCAAGACCUUGCUUGCUUUGCCUGCUACUUUUCAUACGUACAAUGGAAUCCGUCAUUUGCUUUGGGAUUUAGGAAUGUUUCUAACGAUUAAGGAAGUAUAUAGUACUGGAUAUAUGGUAUCUGCAAUGGCAGUAGUCUCCGCACUUAUACUUGCGGCGAUGUAAGUGUUGUGUUUACAUUUAUCAGAAAAUAAUUCUUUAAAAUUAAUUGUAUUAUCAGAUUAUAUUACGGCUGUAUUAAUGUUUCAAUUACAGAAUAAAAUAAUUUAUUAAAACUAA